ACUCACACAACACUCUCGCACAUCUCUAACAAAAACACACCUAAACAGACACACUACGAAACAGAGAAGGGGAAGGGGAAGGAAUUGGGAGAAAAGCCUUUGGGGGUCUCAUCUUCUUCCUGUGAUUCUUCUUUCUUCAGAGAGGGGCGAUCAAAAAACCCUAACACCACUGCCUCACGAACGCACAGCAGCGGACUCUCACUGCAGUAUCAGUCACGUGAGUAACAGGUGCAGCGUCGCACUCAUCUUCAUCUUCUUCCUUGAGCCACCGCCGUUGGUUGUUCCUCACUGCUCCACUGCUGUUCGAAUUGGCCGAGAGUUCAUCGUCCUUGGAGCUCGCAUCUUCUCAUAGCGCCGCGGCGUGGACUCAUCAUCCUCAUCUCCUCGCAAAUCCGACGAGGCCGUUGUUGUCGAAUUAUGACGCCCUACGUGAUGGAUCACUUUUGAUUGAAUCCAACAUUACUCAGUGAUUGAUCAUCAGAGAGAGCUGAAAAGGAUCCAUACUUGAACAAAGCUGGACUCAACUUUCCUCUCAAGGCAACACUCCUGGAUAGCAACAAUAUUUAACCGUUGUGAGGCGCAAACCAAGGUCUGCUGUUUUGAGCUGAGACUCAAGAGCAACAUAUUCAUGGCGAUUGAAACGCUAGUGUUAGGCGCUGGUCAAGAAGUUGGGAAGAGUUGCGUGGUGGUAACCAUCAAUGGCAAGCGAAUCAUGUUCGAUUGUGGAAUGCAUAUGGGCUUCUUGGACCAUCGUCGUUACCCUGAUUUCACCCUUGUUGACCCCAAUCAAGAUUUCAACUCUGCCAUCACUUGCAUCAUCAUCACUCACUUUCAUUUGGAUCAUGUUGGCGCUUUAGCUUACUUCACUGAAGUUUGUGGGUAUAAUGGACCAAUUUACAUGACAUACCCUACAAAAGCUUUGGCUCCUUUGAUGUUGGAAGACUAUCGCAAAGUGAUGGUUGAUCGCCGGGGUGAGGAAGAGCUAUUUUCAUCUGAUCAAAUUGCUGAGUGCAUGAAGAAGGUUAUUGCUGUUGAUUUGAGGCAGACUGUACAAGUAGAUGAAGACUUGCAGAUACGUGCCUAUUAUGCAGGACAUGUUAUUGGAGCUGCAAUGUUCUAUGCAAAAGUUGGAGAUGCAGAAAUGGUUUACACUGGAGACUACAAUAUGACACCAGAUAGACACCUUGGAGCAGCUCAAAUUGAUCGAUUACGACUUGACCUUCUUAUAACUGAAUCCACAUAUGCGACUACAAUUCGUGAUUCAAGAUAUGCCCGAGAGAGAGAAUUCCUCAAAGCUGUUCAUAAAUGUGUAUCAAGUGGAGGCAAGGUGCUUAUUCCAACAUUUGCUGUUGGAAGAGCUCAGGAACUAUGCAUUUUGUUGGAGGACUACUGGGAACGUAUGAAUUUGAAGGUUCCUAUCUAUUUCUCAGCAGGAUUAACAGUCCAAGUUAAUGCGUAUUAUAAAAUGCUUAUUAGUUGGACAAGCCAGAAGAUUAAAGAUACAUACUCUAAACAUAAUGCUUUCGAUUUUAAGAAUGUUCAAAAGUUUGAGAGGUCUAUGAUAAAUGCUCCUGGUCCUUGUGUUCUUUUCGCUACUCCUGGGAUGAUAAGCGGUGGAUUUUCGCUUGAAGUUUUUAAGCAGUGGGCAGUGUCAGAAAAUAACCUUGUCACUUUGCCGGGGUAUUGUAUGGCUGGAACGAUAGGUCAUAAAUUAAUGUCAGAUAAGCGGGCCAAAGUUGAUCUGGACGCUAAUACAAGAAUAGAUGUGCGAUGCCAGGUUCAUCAAUUAGCUUUUAGUCCUCACACUGAUUCUAAAGGGAUAAUGGAUCUUGUAAAUUUUCUCGCCCCCAAGCAUGUUAUACUAGUGCAUGGGGAGAAGCAUAAGAUGGCUUCCCUUAAAGAAAAGAUUCAUUCUGAAUUUGGGAUUCAAUGUUAUGAUCCUGCAAACAACGAAACCAUAUGCAUUCCUUCAACUCACUAUGUAAAUGCAGAAGCCUCACACUCUUUCAUCAGAAGCUGCUUGAGUCCGAACUUCACAUUUCAGAAAUGCAGUUCGGUGGACAUAUGUAACUCUUCUACGAUAGACAAAAGCUUAAUGCCUAUGCUCCAAGUCGAAGAUGAAAGGGUAUCAGAGGGAGUUUUUGUUGUGGAGAAGGGUAAAAAGGCAAAGAUUGUACACAAGGACGAACUUUUGCUUAUGUUGGAGGAACCGAAGCACGAACAAUGAGAGGGACGGUCUGACAUAUUGGUGACUCAAUGGAUCUUAGUCUUGGUUCUUAUAUUCAGAACUUCAUUGCGACUUAUCUUGAAAUUCUCAAUUUCUUGAAGAGCAUCUGCAAAUAAUCGUGGCAGUAAUGUCCCUACAGGAUUAAGGAAAACUCCCAACAUCAAAGCAGUGUAUUUCUGCUGCUUUUAGUCAGCAGUGAAUGAGAAAAUUGCAAGGAAACAAAUCUCAGCAAUUUGGAGCAUCAAUACCCACUGAAAAUGUUUUAUUUCAGAGCACUGAAGGAAGUAUGUGAAUGAAACAACAGAAGUGGUUCGUUCCAUAAAAAGAUAAUCAGUUUAAACAGAACAGCUUGGGUUGGGGUUAUUCUUCCUUCCUUUACAAGAAGUUCGUUUAUGGCCGUAAUAAUUUGAUACUCUGAUCCUAACAUGAAGGGAUUUACUGUGAUUGCUUUUGUUCCCAUAUUUUAUUUUUUGGUUAUUCUAGGAAACAUGUUCCCCAUGAAUUACUCCUAGUAGGUCAUUCAAUGAUCUGAAUUCCAGAUUGGUCUUGUAUUUUGUUUAUUUCAGAUGUGUAACCAAUUUUUACAAAAGCAACCUAAUGAGCUGUCUUUUCGUACU